GGUCAACGGUAAGAUUACCAACUAUGUGGAGGAACGUCCUUUAUACAAGCUUCGUUGUUAUCGCAGGACUGGUGGCUCACACCGAAGCGUCAUGUGGCCUCAGUGCUAUAGCAUCCUGCUCAAUCUCUGCGUCCGAGAUGGGCACCAGCACAACGUCAAUAUGCAGGGCCUUUCGGAAAUUCAAGACGUGUAUGCUGGGCCUGACGCAAUGCGAUGCUACAUCAUACAUCCACGCGUAUGAGAAUAAACCAGACCUCUCAGGCAAAACCUUUAAGACGAUGUGUGCGAACGUCGCGUUCAGUGACACUACAACUGCAUCAGCCGUCCAUUGUGACACCAACGAAAUGUACGAAUGCAGUAGUACCGUGGUAACAGCGGUCGAUGGCGCCAACGGGAAUACCAACACAAUCUGCGCGGCUGCUGAGAGUUAUGCACAGUGUCUCAAGAAACAGACAUGUAAAACAAGCGCUGUCUAUCUUCAAGCACUCGUCACCAUCACAUCCAGGAACCUUUCCCGAACUUGUCCGAACGUCGUCUUCACUGACCCGACCACGCCUGCAACAACUACAACAGGGGCUGGCUCCACAACUCCAGCUGGGUCAACGGUAAGAUUACCAACUAUGUGGAGGAACGUCCUUUAUACAAGCUUCGUUGUUAUCGCAGGACUGGUGGCUCACACCGAAGCGUCAUGUGGCCUCAGUGCUAUAGCAUCCUGCUCAAUCUCUGCGUCCGAGAUGGGCACCAGCACAACGUCAAUAUGCAGGGCCUUUCGGAAAUUCAAGACGUGUAUGCUGGGCCUGACGCAAUGCGAUGCUACAUCAUACAUCCACGCGUAUGAGAAUAAACCAGACCUCUCAGGCAAAACCUUUAAGACGAUGUGUGCGAACGUCGCGUUCAGUGACACUACAACUGCAUCAGCCGUCCAUUGUGACACCAACGAAAUGUACGAAUGCAGUAGUACCGUGGUAACAGCGGUCGAUGGCGCCAACGGGAAUACCAACACAAUCUGCGCGGCUGCUGAGAGUUAUGCACAGUGUCUCAAGAAACAGACAUGUAAAACAAGCGCUGUCUAUCUUCAAGCACUCGUCACCAUCACAUCCAGGAACCUUUCCCGAACUUGUCCGGACGUCGUGUUCCCUGACUCGUCCACGCCUACAACAACUACAACAGGGGCUGGCUCCACAACUCCAGCAAGCAUCACUCACUGUGACGUCAACGAAAUGUACGCCUGCAGUGCUGCUGUGGUGGCAGCGGUCGACACACCCAACGCGGCUACCAACACGAUCUGCACAGCUGCUGAAAUCUACGUAGAAUGUCUCAACAAACAGACGUGCACGACGAACAGUGUCUACCUCCAAGCUCUAAGAACCAUUACGGCGAAGAAUCUGGACACGACUUGUCCAGCUGUGGUAUUCCCUACGACGGAUUCGGCUGGAACUGUCCGCAGUGGUAUAGUCUGUCUUCUUGCGGUCCUGCUGGCCCUGCUUGUCAGAUAGACACACCAGUAUACUCUGUAUGUGUGUACGUAAGGUUAUAUCAGAUGGUGUACAACGUAUGGUAUAUUUGUUAUAUAUAAACAGUUUAUUUAUAGGACAAUAUAAGAUAGCUGCGCGAUAAAUCGCAAAGAACAAUUAAGAACGAAGCGUGGUUUAUUUCACGAUAAAACAUUUUUCUAUCAUGACGUCAUUCCUUGAGAUUCGAACAUGGGCUCGUCACUUGACGUCGCAAGUUGGACGACGUUAUUUUUGAGAGGGGGCUGUCCUGUGAGUUGUUCCCCCAUGGAUCUAUCUACCUGGGCAACGCAGAUAACGUGAUGGCCGAACGAUCGCAUCCAAAAGCGGGAGAGAUAUGACAAUAGGUAUUGGGAGAAAAGGUACAGAUAAUCGACGUGAGAAUUGUGAGAAUAGGCAGGAAAUACCUACCUGUGCAACAAUGGACUUGUCCGACAUUGCCGAGGUUGGAUUCUAUUGAGGGAUUCAUCGUUAUUAAAAUACAGGUAAAUGUUUUUAAAGCUUGUACAUUUCAUCAUCAUCCUUAAAGAGGCUGUACAAAAUGUUGAUAUCUCAUAUAACAAAUAAACAACUCGCUGCGCC